CACCACCACUAUCAUCAUCAUCACUAUCACCACCACCACCACCCCCACUAUCACCACCACCAUCACCGCCACCACCACCACCCCCACUAUCACCGCCGCACUCGCACAGAAGCACGCUUCAACCACAGAGAGACAGAGAAGACGACCCAGGACGUUCGCUUUUGGGUUUAAUUUUUUUUAGUUUCUUUCGUUUUAUUUAUUUUUUUAAUCUGGAAGAAUCUCCCACACGUUUGACGCACCUGCGAUGGCGAGCCAGGCGCAGGCGGGUGAGGAAACAGGUGAACGAAGCACCCACGAGUUCUAUCGAGUGAGCCCUCACCUGCCCAGGAGAUUCGACGAGCCUCACCUGCUGCACGCCUACGGCUCCAAGCCCACGCACCCCGUGUACCGCACGUCGAACCAGGCGUACGGACGCAGAGCGCCGACCGUGCACGAGAUGCCGACGGUGUUCCGAGGCCGCUCGCAGGAUUUCUCGACUCACCUGGGCCAGUGCGGGAUGUACCGCAACCGCGGACUCAACACGGCCGUCGACCGCAGCAGCGUGGCGGCCGCGGCCGGUGGUGGAUCUCUCGCCGUCUCGGCGCGCCACCAACGCAUCGCCUUCCACGAGGCCGUCCGGGCGCUCGCUGCCGGCACCGCCGCUGCCGGCACCGGCAACGGUCGCUAGGACGAAAGCCGUUGAGCGGACGGGCGCGGGCUGUGUCAGGGAUGUGUAAUGAAUCCUCGGCAGAACGAAUGGUCAGGUUUGGGUUAAUGCAGGAGGGAAGGCAAUCGGCGUCGAGGGGGGGGGCGGCCGAAGUGUGGGGCUUUUUCGAUCGACAAAUCGUCUCUUUAGAUCCCGAAAUCACGUGACUGGAUUUUUUAAUUUGUUAUUUUCCUAUCUACGUUGCUUUACCGAAAGACCCAAAGAAUAUGACUGGAAUCUGUUUAACGAUUGAAGAAUUAUUCAAAAUAUCACGGCUAAAUCCACGUGAUAUUUUGAAUAGACGUGCCUAUGUGUUCGAGCAUGGUUCAAGCUUUGUACAGGGAUUUCUCUUCUUACGAACAUUCGACUUACGAGCUUCAAGAGAUAUGAACAAACGUGCCUGUAUGUCAUGUAGGUGCCAAAUGAAGAACCAGUGGCAUCUGCAUAAGAUGAAGAACCAGUGGCAUCUACAUCUGCAGAGCAUGAAGCACCAGUGGCAUCUACAUCUACAGGAGAGUCUACAACUUUCAAAGCCAUUCCCCG